AACAUUGUGGUCCCUUGAGCUCUGGCAUCAGAACAGCAGUACUGGCACCAACUAUAUCUUUGCUGCUCUGAUCUCUUUUUCUCACUGCCCUAGAGGCUCUGUGUCAUCCUUGCUCCUCGCUUUAGGGAGGAGGAAAGGAAAAAAGCAUUUUUCCUAAAGGAAAAAGAUCAAAAGAGGAAGCAGAGUGGGUGAACAAGGAAGAAAAGUGGGAAAAGAGAAAGUUUCUAGGAGUUCUGUAAGUUAUAGUUACCUUAUCUCCUGGCUAAAGCCAGAGCCUCCUGUUCGGGACCAUGGACAGCGACAUUGGCGAAGUUCUGGGGCAGAUCGAUGCUGCCGCUUUUCUGCACAUCUGGCAACGCUUUGAUGUUGAUGAUAAUGGGUACAUAGAAGGGAAGGAACUUGAUGAUUUCUUUCGUCACUUGCUGGAAAAGAUGGGUACUGAGAAAGCUGUAGCAGAAGAGAAACUUCAACUGAUGAAAAAACAUUUCCUGGCUGCCUGUGGCAUCUCUGAAUAUGGCCACCUGCAAAUACAAGAGCUUGCCAAGAUGAUCUUGCCAGAAGAUGAAAACUUUCUCCUGCUCUUUCGCCGAGAAACCCCCUUGGAUAACAGUGUGGAGUUUAUGCAAAUUUGGCGCAAAUAUGAUGCUGAUAGCAGUGGGUUUAUCUCAGCUGGGGAGCUCCAGAAUUUUCUUCGAGAUCUCUUCCUACAUCACAAAAAAACCAUUCCUGAGACCAAACUGGGUGAAUAUACUGAUGCCAUGAUGAAGAUCUUUGACAAAAACAAAGAUGGCCAGUUGGAUCUGAAUGACUUGGCAAGGAUUCUGGCUCUCCAGGAAAACUUCCUGCUUCAGUUUAAAAUGGAUGCCUGUAGUACUGAAGAAAGAAAGAGGGAUUUUGAGAAAAUCUUUGCCCAUUAUGAUGUUAGUAAAACUGGAGCCUUGGAAGGCCCAGAAGUGGAUGGAUUUGUCAAAGAUAUGAUGGAACUUGUCAAGCCCAGCAUCAGUGGGGUGGACCUGGAUAAGUUUCGAGAGAUUUUGCUCCGUCACUGCGAUAUGAACAAGGAUGGGAAAAUUCAGAAGUCUGAGCUGGCCUUGUGUCUUGGUUUAAAAGUCAGUCCUUAAUUGUCAGUGACCUUGGUCCUGUGUUCUGGGUGUAUUUGUGUGUCAGCCCCUGCUGGUAGAAUUGUAUCUAGUCUCUGCCUACAGUAUUUGGGUGGAUCUCAUGUAACUCUUCCCAUAAAAGUUCAAGGGCAAUAAAGAGCUGGAGUAAGGGGAGGUAUCAAAAGGGCCUUCCUCGCAAGGAUGAGACAGUUGUCCGAGCCUUGGAGGGAAGUCAUCUGAAGAAUUGCUCUCACUUUUGUAAAUCAGUUUCAGAGACAAAACUUUCCUGCCUGUCAUGAGAUUCAUCUGGCUGCCUUCCUGGCCAUCUUGCUAUCACUCAUUCAGUCCUGGAGGAGGUAUUUCCUGAGCUUUGGCUGUUCGACCCUUUAUGCUAAGCCUGUCACGCAUCCCCAGUUUCCUGUGAAGAUUAAAUUGGUGUGCUGUGUGAAUGUCUGUUCUAUCAUUUGUGCAAAUAAAAUUUGAAAUGAAAAUAAACU